UUACUAAAAUUACAAUUUAGUACAUCGCCCUGAACACACUAGAAAUUGUUUAGGCCAUCAAUUAACCAAAACAAAUUUAAUCAAAAUAAAAAUUUCCCAUUUUUUAUUUUUGUAAAAAAAAAAAUGCCUUAAAAAAAUGAGCUUGAAUAUUGUGGAAAAAAAAUAAUUUACCGGCAAAAACAGAAACAAUCCAAAGUUGUAUCUAAAUUUCAACAGAUCCCCACUUGCUCCGUUACGAUCUCCCUUCUCAUCUCUUCUCCGCCGCCGUUAACUCCGUCGUCACUCCGGUAAUUUCAUCCUAAAGGGUGUUAAUUAUAUUGUUAUUGGAGUGGAAUUAUGGGGGUUAAGCAAGCUAUAAAGAGGCUUGAUGCAUUUCCUCGUGCUGAAGAACACUUGUUGCAGAAGACACAAUCUGGCGCUAUUGUUUCUAUCAUUGGCCUGGUCAUAAUGGCCACUCUGUUCAUACAUGAGCUUAGAUAUUAUUUGAGUACCUAUACAGUUAAUCAGAUGUCUGUGGAUUUGAAGCGCAGUGAAACACUUCCUAUACACAUAAACAUGACAUUCCCUUCCUUGCCAUGUGAUGUUCUCAGCGUGGAUGCUAUAGAUAUGUCAGGAAAGCAUGAAGUGGAUCUUGAUACAAAUAUAUGGAAACUUCGUUUGAGUAGCGAUGGCCAUAUUAUUGGAACUGAAUUUUUGACUGACUUGGUGGAGAAGGGCCAGUCCCAUGAUCAUUCUCAUAGCCAUUCUCAUGGCCAUUCUCAUGACCAUGGUCAUGUUAAACAUCAGCCCGAGGAUUCUAAAGAUCAGCAUGACCACAAAGAUGAGCAUGGUGAUGAUAAAGAUAAGCACGAAGAUUCAAAACAGAAAAGUCAUCUGCAAAGCUUUGAUGAAGAGACUGAAAACAUUGUAAAAAAAGUUAAGCAGGCAAUGGCAAAUGGAGAAGGCUGUCGGGUUUAUGGCGUUUUAGAUGUGCAAAGGGUUGCUGGGAAUUUUCAUGUAUCAGUUCAUGGACUGAACAUUUUUGUUGCUCAGAUGAUUUUUGAAGGAUCUAAUCGCGUUAAUGUAAGCCACAUGAUUCAUGAGCUAUCAUUUGGCCCAACUUAUCCUGGAAUUCAUAACCCCCUUGAUGGGACAGUUCGCAUCUUGCGUGGUACAAGUGGUACUUUCAAAUACUAUAUCAAGAUUGUUCCUACAGAGUACAGAUAUACCUCGAAAGAUGUGUUGCCUACCAACCAAUUUUCUGUCACAGAAUACUUUUCACCUAUGAAAGACUUUGAUAGAACAUGGCCAGCUGUUUACUUCUUGUAUGAUCUAUCGCCUAUCACUGUAACAAUCAGAGAAGAACGCCGCAGUUUUCUUCAUUUCCUCACUAGGCUUUGUGCAGUAUUAGGGGGUACCUUUGCUUUGACAGGAUUGCUUGAUCGCUGGAUGUACAGACUUGUUGAGAUGGUGAUGAAGCCAAAUAAGAGGGGUGUAAUUUAAUAUAAUGGAUAUGUUAACGGAGUGGAGCCUUUAUUGUGACAUCUUCAUACAAUUAUGAGGAACGAAAUGGAGACAGAAUUCCUUCAUCUUUGAAUGAUUUCUGUAGGCAAUCAGAUGUGGCAUUAUAUACAGAAGGGUAUGCCAAUGUGCCAUAUCCACAACUUCUCCUUAGAGUUUUCAGGAAAUACGAGUUUUAGGCUCAUAUCAUAGCAUUUGUAAUGAAACUUUUUGGUAUGAAUUGUCAGUGUAAGCAGAGCAAGGUCAGAAUAGGGUUUCUAUGUUAAGUUUGUUAUUAUUGUAUGAUUGUUUAUCUGGAAAAAAAAAAUCUAAUUCUUUUAUAAAUGAUCAUUUUGUUGUAUUUUGGUAUUUGUUUACUUGUCAACAGGUAAGCCUUUUCAUUGUCA